GGCGUUUUCUAACAUAGAGAACGAUAAAUAAUGAAAUAGUCAUUGUACUACCAGGAGGAGAUCACCUUAGUCUGCUUCCGACGUUAAGACGUUACGUUAAGAGCAAGAAAUGUGAUUGGACAGACUCGACCAGGAAAAAGAGGGCCGCACCCACACCGACCCACACUGCUGAGCUAGCUACGUUCACAAUCACAUAUCCAAAAACCAAAUGCCUCGACAAACACUAAAGAUUUUGUAACCGUUCUUGAAGGUUGGAAAAAAGAUUUUAACUAACUAUGGCUUCUCGCGGGAAAUCCGAAACUGGAAAAUUGAGGCAAAAUAUGGAAGAGCAACUUGACAGACUGAUGCAGCAGCUUCAGGAUCUGGAGGAAUGCAGAGAAGAACUGGAUGAGGAAGAGUAUGAGGAGACAAAAAAGGAAACCUUGGAACAGUUGAGUGAAUUCAAUGACUCUCUGAAGAAGAUCAUGACAGGAAACAUGACACUUGUGGAUGAACUCAGUGGAAUGCAGCUGGCAAUCCAGGCUGCCAUCAGCCAAGCUUUUAAAACGCCAGAAGUGAUCCGACUUUUUGCUAAGAAGCAGCCAGCACAGCUGAGAACCAGACUAGCAGAGAUGGACCGAGAUGUCAUGGUGGGGAAAUUGUCACGGGAUGUGUACACGCAGCAGAAAAUGGAAAUCCUCACAGCCUUGAGAAAACUUGGAGAGACGCUCACUUCGGAGGAUGAGACCUUUCUCACUGAAAAUGCUACAGCUACUCUGAGCCAGUUUGAAAAAGUGACUGCAAACUUAGGCUCUGAAGACAAAAUUAUGGCUUUAGCUAGCUCUGGUGUGAAAACCAAGGCAUAGUAAUUCUACAAAAUGUUAAUUUUAACUCUGUGUCUUUAUUACCAAGAAUGAAAUGUGCCAAUUGAUCAUUGAUUUUGUAAAUAGCCAGUGCUCUUCUAGGUUUUGCUGUAGAUGCUAACACUUUUUAACAGUAUUGUUUUAUACCCCUGCACUUUUGUAAAUGUCUAUUUGUCCAGAUGCGUGUAAAAUUGUAUUACAGGUACGAGCAUGUGAUUUGUGGACUAUGAAGACCUGUACAUGAAUGUAAAAGAUGGUCCAGGUAGUUCAAGAGAAAUACUCUGUUGUGAUUUGGGCUGUAUUUCUCAUUGGGUUGCUGUGUAAGACCUGAAACUUUAGGAUUGUUGUUUUAAAGAUUGUUGAUUUUUCUGUAUGAGUGCUGCAAAAAUUCAAGAUGUCAUUUUUAUUUUAAUUAAACUGUUCUAUUUACAGGGUUUGGA